AUGUAUGAUGCUCAACAACAACAUAGAAGCGAACCCUAUUCCUGUUCCAGAUGUAGACGGUUAAAAAAGAAAUGUCUCAAAGAAGUCCCAACUUGUUCAAAUUGUAUGAAGGCUAAUAAGGAAUGUGUAUAUCUGGGAAGAGCUCCCAGGAGGACAAAGAAAGAAAUACUGGCUGCUGCUCUUCGAGGUGAAUAUGUUCCAAAUAAAAGGCACAAAAGCGAACAACAUGUCCCUGGUAUUGAUGAUGUCAACUCGACAAUCUCCAACCAAGGGUCUAACAACGUAUCAGCGGGAAGUAGCGCUUCUCAGUUAAACACGAGCCUUGGCCCACCUACUCCCAAUUUCUAUGUGCCCAUUAAUGAUGCACAACGUAUACCCAGUCCAACUUUAAAUUCUAUAAGGAAACUAGACGGUAUGGACGAUACUUCCCCUCGAAUACUAACAAGUACUCAGGGGGCAAGCGAAGGGUUUAACUCAUUGAUAUCUGCUCUUUCCUCAUCAGAUACAACUGAGAAUACUCCGCCCUCAUACCCACCGCCGCAAAACAAUUUAAUGAACAAUAAUAAUGAAAGAGAUCAUCAAAUGAUGACUUCACUGCCGCCUAUAUUGAAUGAAAGUGAAAAUCCAACUAAUCCUAUGGGCAUGUCAUUAACUCCACCUGCCACAAAUUUGCCUGUUAGUAGUAACCAACUAUCAAGUAAACAUUCUUCUUUAACACCCAUUUUGUCUCAAAUUCAAGAACAAGAUGAAACCUUCAAACAACAAAUUACAACCAAUGAACUCAAUUAUGAAUUUAAAGGUAUGAAGGAUAUAAAUACAUUGAGUACAUCUCUAACUCCAGGACCUACUAGAGCCAUGUCAAUCCCCAUUCAUUCAUCUGCACUAGAAAUGGAAACAAUUGGUUCUGUUUUCAAAGGUGGGCGGACGACAUCAUGGUUACAUCAUGACGGGACAUACAAACCUAUCGGUAGAUCCUUAUUAGACAGGUUCAUAGCUGCAUAUUUCAAACAUAACCAUAGGCUUUUCCCUAUGAUUGAUAAAAUUGCUUUCCUUAAUGACGUUUCUAAAAUCUCUGAUUUCGAAUCAUUAGAAAAAAAUAUUGACACAGGAAGUGAAUACAAUAUUUUAAUUUUUAAAAUAUAUAUGAUAAUGGCCAUCGGUUGUACUACAUUAAGAAGAGCAGGGAUGCUUAACGUAGAAGAAGAAGAUUUAAGUGAACAUUUAUCAUAUUUAGCAAUGAAGAAAUUCUCCUAUGUGAUACAAUUGCAAAAUAUUGAGACUGUUAGAUGUCUUUUACUGUUAGGUAUUUAUUCAUUUUUUGAACCAAGAGGUUCAUCAUCAUGGACAAUUAGUGGACUUAUUAUGAGGUUAACAAUUGCGCUGGGUCUUAACAAGGCGCUGACUCCCAAGAAAAUGAAAUUAUUAUCUGCCAUUGAGAUGGAAGCUCGAAACAGAGUAUUUUGGAGUGCAUAUUGCUUUGAAAGAUUGGUUUCCACUAGUUUAGGGAGGUUUUCUGCUAUUGAUGAUGAUGAAAUAACAAUUGGUUUACCACGUCCACUUUAUGAUGGAGAAAAAGACGAAAUUGAAGUUACUAGAACGAUGAUUGAACUAAGGAAAAUUGCAGGUAGAAUCUAUAAACAAGUUCAUUCAGUUAGUGUAAGUAGACAAAAUCUUUCCAUUGAACAGAAAAAUAAAAUCAUUGAAGGCCUAAGUACUGAAUUAGAUGGAAUCUACGAGAAAGAAUCAAAGAAAAUGCAACUACAUAAUUCGAAACGAUUAGCAGAGAAGGAUCAAAUAAAAAACCAAAUUUGUAAUGCCAUUUCUUACCAUAAUUCUGAUAAUUGGUUGACAAUGAGAUAUGCGCAAUUACAAAUUUUAUUGUUUAGACCAUCCACGUUAAUACCUAAACCAUCCAUUGAAUCAUUAACUAAACUAGGUGAAUGUUGUUUAUUGGCAUGGAGACAUACUUAUCUGUUAUAUACAAAAAAAUUAUUACCAUUGAAUUGGAUAACACUUUUCAGGACGUUAACUAUUUGUAAUACUAUUCUUUAUUGUCUUUGUCAAUGGAGCAUUGAUUUGAUUGAAAGUAAAAUUGAAAUUCAACAAUGUGUAGAAAUUUUACAACAUUUUGGUGAGAAAUGGAUAUUCGCAAAAAGAUGUGCCGAUGUUUUCCAAAAUAUGAGUAAUACUAUUUUAGAGAUUAGUUUAAGUCACGGUAAAGUGCCUAAUAUGGAUAAAUUAACAAGAGAAUUAUUUGGUGCUAGUGACGCUUAUCAAGAUAUUUUGGAUGAAAAUAAUGUCGAUGUUUCCUGGGUUGAUAAAUUGAUGUGA